AUAUAUAUAUAUGACGGCAGGAAUAUAUAGAGAAAGCUGGUAGCGAAGAGCGAUUGUUUGGGGUUUCACAAGGGUUUUACAAUAGAGAGAUAAAGGAAGAUCAGAAAAUGGGAAAGAAGCAGAAGAAGCCGGGCGUGGGAAAGCAGAAAACCGAACGAAAGACUGCCAAAGCUGAAGAGAAAAGAGCUCGCAGAGGUGAUAAACACGUCUCCCAGGAAGACGACAUUGACAGUAUCCUGGCCAGUAUAAGAAAGGAAGAGGCCAAGAAAAAAGAAGUUCAUGUUGAGGAAAAUGUGCCACCGCCUUCCCCUCGAUGCAAUUGUUCAGUAACUGUAAAUCCUUUAAAGGAUACCGAGCUGAUCAUUUAUGGGGGUGAAUAUUACAAUGGAGAUAAGACUUUUGUAUAUGGUGAUCUUUUUCGGUACAAUACUGAAAAAAAGGAAUGGAAGCUAAUUUCCAGUCCCAACGGUCCACCUCCUCGGAGUGCUCAUCAGGCAGUUGCAUGGAAAAAUUCGUUGUUUAUAUUUGGUGGGGAGUUUACUUCACCAAAUCAAGAAAGGUUCCAUCAUUACAAGGAUUUUUGGUGUCUUGAUCUUAAUACAAAUCAGUGGGAGCAGUUGCAGUUGAAGGGUUCUCCUAGUGCACGAUCAGGGCAUCGUAUGGUACUAUACAAGCACAAAAUUGUUAUCUUUGGGGGUUUCUAUGACACCUUAAGAGAAGUGAGGUAUUAUAAUGAUUUGCACAUUUUUGAUCUUGAUGAAUUUAAGUGGCAAGAAGUUAAACCAAAACCUGGAAGCUUAUGGCCUAGUCCAAGGAGUGGUUUCCAACUUGUCGUUUACCAAGAUGAGAUCUUUUUAUACGGAGGAUACUUCAAAGACCAUGCACCUGAUAAAGAUGUCUCUGAAAAAGGAAUUGUCCUUGUAGACAUGUGGGUCCUUGAUCCAAGAGCUGGAGAGUGGAAUAAGGUAAAGAAGUUGGGAAUGCCCCCUGGAGCACGUGCAGGGUUCUCAAUGUGUGUUCACAAAAAACGUGCUCUUCUAUUUGGAGGUGUGGUUGAUAUGGAGGUUAAAGGUGAUGUUUUACGCAGCUUAUUCUUGAAUGAGCUGUAUGGGUUCCAAUUGGACAAUCAUCGUUGGUAUCCUUUGGAGUUACGAAAGGGUAAACUUGUUAAGGAUAAGACAGGGGGACGAGUGAAGCCUGAGCAACAAUCUGGAGGAGCUGUUACAAAAAGCAAAGAUGGUGAAGAUGUUCUAUGUGAGUCUAAAGCCACAAAUGCAUCUGAAGCACUUAGCUCUAUGGACGUUCUUCAUAAGAACAGCUUUGAAAUGACAGAACUAGAUGAAGAUGACUGCCACCAAUUAUCUGAUCAAGUAACUAACAAGCUUUCUGUUGAUGAUCUUGCUGACAUCACAAAUUACACUUCCAAUGGAAAGGAUGAAAAGAAAAAUGCAAAUGGUGAGGCAUGGAUAUCAAUUACAACAGAGGCUGUAAAGCCAUGUGGGCGAAUCAAUGCUUGCAUGGCUGUUGGAAAAGAUACUCUCUAUCUAUAUGGUGGCAUGAUGGAAGUUGGUGAUCAAGAAGUGACUUUGGAUGAUGUUUACAUUCUUGACCUUAACAAACUGGAUGAGUGGAAAUGCAUUAAAGAGGCUUCGAAAACAGAAUGGAUAGAAGCCAGUGAUGAUGAAGAUGAAAAUGAUGAAGAUGAUGAAGACAAUGAUGCUACAGACAGCGAUAGUGAGGAGGAAGAGGAUGAUAAUGAGGAAGAGAAGAAAGAAUCUGAUAAGAAUAAUUUGGGAGUAGAAGCUGCUGCUGCUAUAAUAAGGGGAGAAGGUAGAAAACUUCGCCGAAAGGAAAGACGAGCAAAAAUUGACCAGAUACGAGCUGAGUUAGGUCUUUCUGAUUCACAACGUACACCACUGCCUGGGGAAUCCUUGAAAGACUUCUUCUCACGCACCAACAUGUAUUGGCAAAUGGCUGCAUAUGAGCAUACUCAGCACACUGGAAAGGAACUAAGAAAAGAUGGAUUUGAUCUCGCAGAGACUCGGUUCAAGGAACUAAAGCCUGUUCUUGAUGAGUUAUCUAAGUUAGAGGCAGAGCAAAAGGCAGAGGAGGAAGAGGAUGCAAAAAUCUUGCUCAAGAAAAAAGGCAAAGAAAAGGCAAAGCAAAGCAUUCUACACAGGUAGUUAGGAUCUAGUUUGCCACUUCAAAGUACAAUGUAUCCUGUUACAAUUCAAAAGGGGAGAAGGUCAUCAGGCAUCCGAUCCCAUAUAAUCUCUAAUAUUCAUUUGUUUUGUUGUAAAUUUUUUUCUCAUUCUUCUGAUUGGCGAUUUAUAUCCAGAAGUCAAUCAAAAGUAAUCUUCUUAAAUCACUCUUGGCAGUUGGACAAGAGAAGAUUGGGUAUGUUCACUUUUUUUCAUAGAAAAUCAGUGGUGUGCAAUUUUCUUGAAAUGUCAACAAUCUUUCUCUUAAACAUAUUGUUUAGAAAUCGUCAAGCUGUGUCUUUUAUAAUAUGCACUCGCAGUUUUGUGAGUUACCUAAACCGUUUUGUAUGUUAACAAAGUGCAUUAUGUAAUUGCAUACCCCCCCUAAAAAUCUGUCAAAAACAAUUACAGAACUGAUGAUGUAAGGAUUCAUUUAAAAUGAUUGAAGUACAAAAUAUAGGUAGAUCCUACUCCUAUUAUAAACUGUAUAAGAUGAGAAAUUACAAUAGUAUUUUGGUGUAAUA